GUCUCCACCCCGAGUUGGCAGCAGUGGGCGAUGUAAACAAACAGGCCGAGGAGGAAGGAAGGAAAAAAAUCGUUCAUUUCCUUUAAUUACACAAACAAUUAACGCUGAAACGCCAUUAAUAAGGAGAGGGGAGAACAACCAGAAGAGGAGAACGAGAGAGGAAGAACCCAGGAAGCGAUACAAGUGGGGGAAGAGAAGGAAGAGGGAGGAGGAGGAGAAGGAAGAGGAAAAUUAAUAACUUUUUUUGCCUUGUGAACAGUUGAGAGUGAGGCGCCAUUGAGAGGGAGACAGGAGAGAGGAGAAGAGAAGAAGAGGAAGAAGAAGAAGGAAGGAAGAAUUUGAAGUAGAAGAAGAAGAGGAAGAAACAAGAAGGAAAAGAAGAAUUAAAUAAAGGAAAAGAAGAAGAGGAAGGAGAAACGAGAAAAAGAAGAAGAAAAAGAAAGGAAAAACAGACGAAGAAAGGAAAAACAGCCGAGAAAAGAGGAAAAGGAGAAUUAAAUAAAGGAAAAGAAGAAGAGGAAGGAGAAACGAGAAAAAGAAAAAGAAAAAGAAAGGAAAAACAGCCAAAAAAAGAGGAAAAGGAGAAUUAAAUAAAGGAAAAGAACAAGAGAAAGGAGGAACCAGAAGAAGAAGAAGAAGAAGAAGAAGCAUUAUCCAACACCCCCAUACACACAAUGUCUCGGCAGCCUCGCGGUCGCCCAACCUUCAGCAUCGAGGACGCCUUCGAGGAGGAGCCGGAGGAUGUGGUGCGGAUGUACGGCGCAACCACUGAGCGCUCGCCCCUCAAACCCAAGGGGGGCACCGCCAUGGAGGACUCAGGGGGCGCGCGGGGGGCCGACUCAGGGGGCGGGAAGAGCCUAAUGGUCCUGCCUGACGUGGAUGCUGUAUCCCGGGAUAGCGACUCACUCAUCCCAGGGGACGGAGGCGGCGGGGGUGGCGGGGCAGGCUAUGGCUCCUCCCAGUGGUGGUUCCGGCAUCCCAAAGUACGGGAGAAGUGGCGUGUGGUGGCUGCCGCGUUCGUGCUGCUCCUCGUCGGCCUGGUUCUCCUAGUGGUCGGCAUCGUGGUGGAGGCUGUACCCUUAGAGAGCCUAUCCGGGUCGGUCUUUAUCAUCGCCGGGCUAAUCUGCUUCAUCCCGGGGGCCUACCAUGUGGUCUACGUGCUCCUGGCGGUCUGGGGCAGGCGUGGGUAUGACUUCUAUAACCUGCCGCUGUUUAACUGAGGUCUGGGGUGAGUGGGUGUAAGGAUAGAGAAAAAUAUGUGUGUGUAUUGAAAGUGUGUCAGAGAGAGAGAGAGAGAGAGAAAAGAAUGAAGAAAGAGAAAAUGAAGAGAGAGAGAGAGAGAGAGAGAGAGAGAGAGAGAGAGAGAGAGAGA